AAGGGAGCAAAAGAGCCUCUUCUUCUCCUCUACUAAGACCUUAGCUGUGUGAGUGAAGAUGUGUGAUGAGGAAGAAACCACUGCACUGGUGUGUGAUAACGGCUCUGGAUUGGUUAAAGCUGGAUUCGCUGGUGAUGAUGCUCCCAGAGCCGUCUUCCCGUCUAUCGUUGGCAGACCUCGCCAUCAGGGUGUGAUGGUGGGUAUGGGUCAGAAGGACAGCUAUGUGGGAGAUGAAGCUCAAAGCAAAAGAGGCAUUCUAACUCUUAAAUACCCUGUUGAACAUGGUAUCAUCACUAACUGGGAUGACAUGGAGAAGAUUUGGCAUCACACUUUCUACAAUGAGUUGCGAGUGGCUCCUGAAGAGCAUCCAGUCCUGCUCACUGAAGCUCCUCUCAACCCCAAAGCCAACAGAGAGAAGAUGACACAGAUUAUGUUUGAGACCUUUAAUGUCCCUGCCAUGUACGUAGCCAUUCAGGCUGUGCUGUCAUUAUAUGCAUCUGGCCGUACCACUGGGAUCGUGUUGGAUGCCGGUGAUGGUGUAACCCAUAAUGUGCCUGUGUAUGAGGGUUACGCUCUUCCGCAUGCCAUCAUGAGGCUUGAUUUGGCCGGUCGAGAUCUGACAGAUUACCUGAUGAAGAUUCUCACUGAGAGAGGGUACAGCUUUGUCACUACAGCUGAGCGUGAAAUCGUGAGGGACAUUAAGGAAAAGCUGUGCUAUGUUGCUCUGGACUUUGAGAAUGAGAUGGCCACUGCUGCUUCUUCUUCUUCUCUGGAAAAAUCGUACGAGCUCCCUGAUGGGCAGGUCAUCACCAUCGGCAACGAGCGUUUCCGUUGCCCAGAAACUCUCUUCCAGCCUUCUUUCAUUGGUAUGGAGUCGGCUGGUAUCCAUGAAACCACAUACAACGGCAUCAUGAAGUGUGAUAUUGACAUCCGUAAAGACCUUUAUGCCAAUAAUGUCCUGUCUGGAGGCACCACCAUGUAUCCAGGUAUUGGAGACAGGAUGCAGAAAGAGAUCACAGCUUUAGCUCCCAGCACUAUGAAGAUCAAGAUGAUUGCUCCUCCUGAGCGUAAAUACUCAGUCUGGAUUGGAGGCUCCAUCUUGGCUUCUCUGUCCACAUUCCAACAGAUGUGGAUCAGCAAGGAUGAGUAUGAAGAAGCCGGACCUUCCAUUGUCCACAGGAAGUGCUUCUAAACCUGCACCGAGGCACGCACACAAUUCUCACAUCAGCUCAUGUACUCAUGAGGAUCUGUAAAUACACUGUCAGUAGUGUGGUUUCCAGGCCCCUAUUUUUAUGCAAAUUCAUAUUUUGCUUUAUAAAUUAAUAUAAACAUUUUUUUAUAGCACUUCAGUUUUUGUGAAACAUUUGGAUUAUAACACCUCUCCUCACCCUUUUAACAUCCGCUUUCAGCACUGCACUGAUAAAUUCCGUACAUGAGAACAUGACUGUGAUUUACUUCGUGCUGAAACAUUUGCUUUCAUGUUUUAUUUGAAUUCAAUUGCAGUAAAUUUUGGUAUAAACCCACA